AUGGAGGACGAGAAGGUGUACGUAUCAGACAAAACUCCGCCUCAGACGGGCUCUGAGCCUCUGCCUGUCUAUGGCGAAUCGCAAUCAACAAAGGCUCCGUUUGGUCGGCGCUUCCUCGACAGCUUCAAGCGCGACCCUAAUGCGCACAUUAUCAACCAGCGUGAAGCGGGAGCUGAUGGCUCCGGAUUCGAUCUCGAGACCGCAGCACAGAAUGUUGCCCACUCACCACUCCAGCGCCGCCUGAAAGGCCGUCAUCUUCAGAUGAUCGCCAUUGGUGGCUCGAUCGGUACCGGUCUCUUCGUUGGUUCUGGAACCGUGCUGGCUACAGGUGGCCCAGCAUCUGUGGUCAUUGCGUACUGUUUAAUCGGAGUCAUGCUUUACACUACAGUCCACGCGCUGGGUGAGAUGGCUGUCAUGUUCCCUGUCUCUGGUUCUUUCUCUCACUACUCUACUCGCUUCUUGGAUCCGGCUUGGGGCUUUGCCAUGGGUUGGAACUAUGCACUCCAAUGGCUCAUCGUCUUACCACUCGAAAUCGUUGCGGCUUCCAUCACAAUUGACUAUUGGAGUCCGGAUGUUUCCAAUGCUGCUUGGGUGAUCAUCUUUUGGGCGUUGAUUGUUGCAAUCAAUCUCUUUGGUGUUCGUGGUUAUGGUGAGGCAGAGUUUGUCUUUGCGGCCAUCAAGGUCACUGCAGUUAUUGGGUUCAUCAUCCUUGGUAUUGUCAUCAACUGCGGUGGUGGUCCUCAGGGAGGCUACAUUGGUGGAAAAUACUGGCAUAAUCCAGGUGCUUUCCACAAUGGUUUCAAGGGUCUUUGCAGUGUCUUCGUGAAUGCCGCCUUUGCUUUCUCUGGAACUGAGCUUGUUGGUCUGGCUGCUGCUGAGACCGCGAAUCCUCGCAAAUCUCUCCCCACUGCGAUUAAGCAGGUGUUCUGGCGGAUCUCCCUCUUCUACGUUGUGUCCCUUACCCUGGUCGGCUUAUUGGUGAGAUGGGAUGACGACCGGCUCAUUAGUGGUGGCUCAUCGGCUGAUGCUCACGCUUCUCCCUUCGUUAUCGCUAUUGAAAGUGCCGGCAUCGCGGGUUUGCCCUCGGUCAUGAACGUCGUUAUCAUGAUUGCCGUCCUCUCUGUUGGCAACUCCUCCGUGUACGGCUCCUCGCGAACUCUUGCUGCCCUUGCUGAACAGGGCCAAGCCCCCAAGUUCCUGGCCUACAUCGACCGCAAGGGACGUCCCAUCUGGGCCAUCGCUGUCGCUUCCGCACUUGGUCUGCUCUGCUUCCUCGCCGCGUCAAGCCAAGAGACGACUGCUUUCGAGUGGAUGAUGGCUAUCUCGGGUCUUUCCUCCAUCUUCACCUGGGGAUCCGUUUGUCUUUGCCAUAUCCGAUUCCGUCGUGCUUGGAAAGUCCAGGGCCACAGCCUCGACGAGUUGGCUUUCCGUUCGCAACCUGGCGUUUUUGGCUCAUGGGUCGGCUUCAUCUUCAAUUGCUUGAUCCUGAUCGCCCAAUUCUGGAUCGGUUUUGCUCCUGUCGGUUAUGCAGAUAUGACUGCGGGCGCACUAGUUGAGAACUUCUUCUCAGUCUACCUAGCUGCUCCCAUUGUCUUUGCCUUUUACCUUCCCUACAAGUUCUGGUACAAGACCAAGGUCAUGCGUUGCAAAGAUAUGGACUUGGUGACUGGUCGUCGGGAUUUGGACAUCCAGCACCUGAUUGAGCAGGAAGUUGCUGAGCAGAAGCAGUGGCCUAAGUGGAAGAAGGUUUACAAGCUAUUCUGUUAA